GAGGAGAGCAGGAGGAGCAGCAGCAGCUCCAGAGCAGGAGAGCUCUAAUGGAUCGUGUCUGGAAGGAGGAGGACUAUCUCUGAUCAAAUUUCGGCUAUCCUAAGGGCGCACUUAACUAAUGGGAUCCUAUCGAUGUCCCCCCCUCCUCCUCCUCCUCCAUCUCCUCCUCUGAGCCCGGUCUUUACACGGAGGAAUGUUAAUGUUGCCACAGCCUGUCCGCCUUGUCUCCCGGCUACUUUUGAGUCCGCAGGCUGCCUCGCUGCGAUCGCCGCGUAAUGACGCGGGUUCUCUGGAGGAGCGCACCGCAGUAGAGCAGCGACUCCGCGGCCUCUGAUGGGACCGGGGCUAAGUUAGCGGCGCCGUUGGGGCUCACGUGUGAGGAGAAGUGCAAGUCCCAUGUUGCAUUAGUGUCUGUGUGAAAUGCUGGCCUGUCUGCCAGGGCCAGGUGACCUUCCCCUCCAGCUUCUCCCCCACACGCAGAUGAACACUGGACUGCAGAAAUGGGACACCAUACAAAGGAUGAGAUCUGCUCCAUUUCCAACCCCUGCAGAAUUGGACGCAUAUGCUAAGAAGGUUGCCAACAACCCCCUCACCAUCAAGAUCUUUCCCAACAGUGUCAAAGUCCCCCAGCGUAACCACGUGCGGCGCACGGUCAACGGGCUGGAUACGUCGGGCCAGCGCUACAGCCCUUACCCCCCCUCUCAGGCUAGUGCCAAGACGGGACUCCUCGCCAUCGUCAAGGUGCCCACAGUCAAAGGUAUCCUGAAAGAUUUUGAUGGUAGCCGGGCUCGUUUGCACUCUGAAGUCAGUAUGAAUCCUCCCACUGGACCCUAUCAAGUGGCUUCAACCAGCACUUUAAACCACCAUCCACCUCUGUCCAGCCUGCCCCUGGCCCAGCACAGCUUAACCCACCAACAGCAGGACCUGCCUCAGACUUUACAUCUACCCCUCUCUCAGCAGCAGGCUCACACUCAGAGUCUUAGACACCCUCCCCCUCUGGCCCUACACCCUCAGGGGGCGACCAGAGUCCAGACUUUGUCUCAGCACCCAGCCCUCGGCCACCCGCAGGGGCAUCCUGCAGUCAUGCUUCAGCAACAGCCACCACCUGGCCUGCAGGGGAGCAGAAAGCUGCCAGAUGGCGACGUGCCACCUAACGUUACCGUCUCUACCUCAACCAUUCCACUCUCCAUGGCUGCCGGGCUGCACCAGGCCCGUCAGGCUGACCUGAGCACCAUCGUGCAUCAGCUCAACCAGUUCUGCCAAGCGCGGGGCCAGGGCCCAGGGGCUAGCUCCAUGUGCGAAGGCCAGAUCGCCAACCCCAGUCCCAUCAGUCGUAACCUGCUUAUCAGUGCAUGCUCCAGGGUUUCCAUGCACAGUAACCCCGCUACUCCUGGCUUUCCUCCGCCCAACUGCAUUAUUGGCGCCCAAGAAAAAGCCACAGCUCCGAUGGGAGCCCACCCCCCACCCGGUGUGGCUGGUAUGAACCACUUGCCUUCUAACCACGCUGAUCCGAAACAUCAGCAGCAUGUGCAGCAUCAUAUUCACGCCCAACAGAAUCAACUCCAACACACCACCCAGCAGCAGCAGCAGCAGCAGCAGCAGCAGAAGAUGCGCUCCUGGAAUCCCCAUCAGCUGGCUCAUGUGCCCCACAUUCAAAACGGCUUGACGCACCUCUGCAAACAGCCUUCUAGGGACCCAUCCUUCCAUUUUAAAGGCAUGGGGUACCCUGCAGAAGUGUUGGGGGGUCAGCCGUACUCACUGAAACCUCCAAUAGACAGGCCCACCCCUUCCCCGCCCGUCAACAACAGUAUGCCUGGUCCCAUGGCCCACUACACUAACGGUCACUACUUCCAGUCCCACAUUUGGAGCAGCAGCAUCCUUCCCACACCCAACAGUGACAGCUCGGGGUCUCAGGACGUAGCCAUGCCAUUCCACAACGCAGGCCCGGGAGGGUGUACCACGCUGGACUGUGGGCCCCCUGGGGCUCCCCAUUACAGGCUCACAACAAGCUCCACCACGUCCUCGUCCGGCCAGUCUAAUCUGAUGCAAACGGCAGAUUACUUGGGUGGGGACUUCCAGACGCCCUACUUCCGCGAUCAGAAUCUCGGGUUGAUGGGCAAGAUGCACAGGCCCCCUCUGAGCAGGGUAGGUCCAGAGGUCGGAGAAGGCCGAACCGCUCUCAUCCAGCACCCAGGGUACAGAUAAGCUAUGGCCUUGUCUCCACAACCAUUAUCACGCCCCUUUUGUUUAGUCUUAAGAAAGGAAACGUAAGAAUAAAACUCAACAGAUAACCUAAAGGACAAGUAUUAAAGAGGGUCAAAUAAUAUAUUUAAUACAGAACAGUUUUUCUUUUCUUUUUGUUUGUUUCAUCUUGCAAGUGAUCAAUUGCUUGAUUUUUUUUUUAUUUUUUUUUAUUAUUUUUUUUUUUUUACCUUUUUCUCCUGAAAGUGUGCAUAAAACACAUCUGUACUCCUCUCUCUGCAUCUUCCUCGAUUAUACAUUGAAUAUCUGUGCCUGGAUUUGAGCAGAUUCUGUUAUCUCUACUUCAGAUCCGUAACGUGACUUUUCUUAUGCAUGUAAGAAAAAAGUAAACUUUACCCCUCACAGAGAAAAAAAAAAACAUUUUUGUUUUGUUAUUUUUGCUUUUUUUUUACAGGAGAUUAUCAGGAAUUUUUUUGGCUGAGACUGGUUUAGAUUUCUCUUUGGUGGUGACGCUAAAAUUAAGUACAAUCACUUCCAUGUAGAAAAGAAGAGGACAUAAAGAGACUGACGGGGCUAUGACGAUUAGCAGUAUACAGAUGUCGGCAGAUGUUUUGUGCUGUUUAUUUGUAUAAUAGGACUACUACAGAUAAAUUAAUUUCAGUUGGUAAAAGAAGCAUGUAAUCAGGUUGUUUUUACAUUAUAAAGACAAAGCAGGAGCAAAUAUGACAAAGCCAAUGCUCUGUUGUGCUUAUAAUGCUGCAGUGAAUUCAGGUAUUUAAAGAAAAUAAGCCUUGUUGCUGGAGUCACAUUCAGCAACAAGAUUCAGAAAUAUAAAGGGCAGAAAAAAAAAAAACUGUUUCCCUCCUCUACCUUAAAAUGGCCAAAGUCAGGUUGAUGAAGACUCACCAGGAUGAAAUUGUGCCAUCGCAUCUUUGUAAUCGUUUCGGAUUUGUUUUUUGUUUUUUUUCCUUGUGAUAAAAUGUGUUACUUGAAUGUUGAGGUUCUUCAUUUUGCAGGUAUCUAAAGGGAUCUGUCGGCUUUGUGGACACUGAAGGACUUUUGUUUUAAUGUGACGCAGAAUCUAAAGCCAGGGCGGAGCUUUGAGUCCCUGGCAGGGUGGAAGGCUGGGGUCGCGUGCGACUUGCUACUGGUUCUGAUGUGAAGUCUGCUCCUAGAGACCAAAUUGAUCACUUGCAAGAUCGACCAGAGGGUAAAGGAAACCGUGGUUUGGGUUUAACGUGAAAAACAGCAAAUGCAUUGUUUAUUUUCUUGUACACUGGCUUACCUACUAGACUACUGUAACUUUUAAUGAUUGUGUGUGAAUGUUGCCGGCUGACGCGGGCGCAGUUAAAAGUGAGCGUUGGUGCGUGUGCGCGCGCGUGAGUGUAUAAUAACACAAUGACACCUGUUUUGUUCACCUAACUCCCUAACAGCCCUUAAAAAGCCUUAAGUGUUUGGUCCUUGGACUUUCCUUUGACAAUGAGCAUGGUUUUAAUUAUAAAAACCCAAAUAAAGAGAAAGGAGGGAAAGGACAUACAGAAACAGCAAUUCUUUUGUAUUUUUUGUUUGUUUGCCUUUUCAUUUGAAUGAAGAUUUUUUUUUUUUUUUAAUUGAAAGCAAUUCCUUACGUAUUCCUUAUGGUUGGAAAGCAAGAAAAAGUAGGAAUAUUUUGUAAUUAUAUAUUUUUAGCAAUGUGUAGUUACUGAGCUGUAACUUUUUCCCAGUUUCAAAGCUUCGGUUUGCAGUCGUGACUAUUUAUGAUACUUGAUUUGCUUGUUAUUUAAAAUUUUAUUUUCCUCUUUGUUUCUUGUACUAUUGCUGUGAAAUGGAAGAAGGUCCACGAGGCUUUCUUUUGUCAUUCUGUACGACAGAUAAGAGGCAAGAGUGUGAGAGUUGUGCUACUCUUUUUGUAAUAUUGUAAUAAUAAAAUAAAGUUCUAAUUUAUGCUUUAAAAA